AUGUGGCGUGUUCUUCGUGGAGACACUCUUUCAAGGCGAGAACGACAACAGCUGGUUCGCACUGUUUCUGAUCUUUUCCGAAUCGUGCCCUUCUCGAUAUUUAUCAUCGUGCCAUUUUUGGAGCUUACCUUGCCCAUCUUCAUCAAGCUCUUCCCGAACAUGUUACCUAGCACCUUCCAAGAGAGCAGCAAAGAGGAGGAAAGGCUCCGGAAGCAAGUACAAGUAAAGGUGGAAAUGGCGAAGUUUUUGCAAGAUACGAUUGAAGAAAUCGCUCUUGAAAGAAGAUCGAAAGCUAUUGAGCCAAAAGGCUCUAAGGCAGUUGAAUUUGCACAAUUUAUCAAAAAAGUGAGAUCUGAAGGUGGCUACGUCUCGAACAAAGAUCUGUUGAAGUUUACGAAACUUUUUGAAGAUGAGCUUACUUUGGAUAAUCUUAGCAUGAGCCAAUUGCGGUCACUUUGUCGUGUGAUGUCCAUCCAGCCACUUGGAAGCCCAGAAAUCCUUAGAUUCCAGCUUCAUAUGAAACUGCGCGAACUUAAAGCCGAUGACAAACAAAUUGCUGCCGAAGGUGGGGUCGAAGCACUAAGUACCAUUGAUCUCCAGCAAGCUUGUCGUGCAAGAGGAAUGCGUGCCAUUGGUUUAAGUGAAGAACGAUUACGGGAGCAGCUUGGACAAUGGCUGGAGCUUUCGCUUAAUGAUAAGAUACCUCCUUCUCUGCUACUGUUGUCAAGAGCAUUAUAUCUACCAGAGGAUAUCUCAUUUACUGACAGAUUGAAGGCACUUGUUCAAAGUUUGCCGGAGGGCAUUGCUGAAAGUACUCGGCAGAAAUUGACUGAAUUAGAAGGUGGAAAAGUGGAUCACAAAGCCAGGUUGGAUUUGAUCAGACAGAUUGAAGAGGCCAUUGCAAAGGAGAAGGCCAUGGAAGAGGAAAAGAAGAAAAAAGAAGAGGUUGAUCCCAAAGAUCUCUCAUCAAUCGAACAAAUCCUCGUUGGCGGGCCAAUA